AUGUCUGAAACUCACGCUGAAGCCAUUGAGGCUAAUAAAAAAGAAAUGGACCUGAAUUUUGCUCGUAUCUACGAUGAGUUAGACAGUCAAAAGUUUUUCAAUUCUGUCAAUGCCCGAGUUCUUCUUGAAUUUGACCCGCUGAAAGUCUUACCACCAACUGAUUCGGUUAUAGAUAAGUUAGUUGACUUACCUAAACCUGGAUCUGACUUAUGGAUAUCUAAAGAACCUCGUUCGAUUUUAGAUUUUGCUGUGGGUACUGGAUCUUUAACUGAGAAAUUAGCUCCUUAUCUUCAAAAUGGUAGCGAAGUUGUAGGUAUCGACAUUAAUGAGAGUUUUAUGCUGCUUUUUACUGAACGAAUCGAGAGAUUGGAAGUUACUCAUCCAGAUAUCAAGUUUGAAGCUGUUAUUAAUGAUGUUUUGAAUGAUGAUACAGCACAAUUUCAAGAUAGAUUUGAUUUAAUCUUUCUGACUAUUUCUUAUCAUCAUAUUCAUAAUUAUGAAACUGUGACAAAGAAACUUGCCCUGUUUUUAAAAAAAGAUGGUCAUUUGGUUAUCAUUGAUUUCUACAAUGAAGAUGUCGAAAAGGAAACUGCUCCAGGAAAAGCACCAGGUGGUGCAGUCCAACACAUGGGAGGUUUAAAGUUAGAAAAGUUAAAGGAAACUCUUGGUGACUUAUCAGGACUUAGCAACGUUUCAGCUGUCCCAUUUGCCGAACUUAAGCUUUUUUUGCCAGAAAAGUUCAUUAUGAAUCAUAGUACUCAAAGCACCAUUGAUGCUUUAAAGGACGGUAAAUUGCCACAAAAGAUAGCCAAAGAUGGGUCAAACCUCUUUGAAAUAACUAUCAAAUUGGUCAUUGCAACUGGAACAAAACUGUCAUAA